AUGAAAGCUCAGAAGAACUACCACAAAGGCGCAAGAGCACUGGUUGCCAACGGAAGCAUUAUGAAUAUUGAGUAUUCACCAAACCCGUCGAGUGGCAAACCCAUAUACGAGAGGACCCCGAAGAAAAGAGACAGUUUCAAGAUCAAGAAAACCAAACGAUUUGAUGCCACUGAGGCCUGCUCCCCACAUGGAGAGAGCCCAGAAAAACACAACGGGUUUGUGCCGAGCUCCCAAUUCGAUAGCAACGGUGCAAUGCGGAAUUCAGCAUAUACAAAUAGGGCUUAUGCCGCGGCAAAUGGCUCUAUGGCGCAUUACACUUUAAUGAGCUAUUCCAACAGCAACAACCAGCUCAAUUCUAACGUCACGUUUGGUAACAAACCAGAAGGACUGACAGGGCCGAGACUGCAAGAACCGGCAGAUCACGACGUUAAUCACAUUUUCGACGAUUUUGAGCAAUUCAGCUUCCAGACUUUCCCUUCGUACUUUAACCCGCGCACUGCAAGCAACAUGCCUCACCAAGAAAAGGUCAACAAGUGGAUCGAAAAUGUACCCACCUUUAACGUCUCUGGAGAAAGAUGGAGGUCCGAGUGUUAUAGCGUGGAUCUUGAACUUGACUGGGAGGAGCAAGAGUUCGAUUACGGGCUUGCGCAUCAUCACGACUACAUGCCAUUUUCGCUCGCUACUGCAGAUGAAGUUCUGCAUCUUCAGGCAAAGCGGCUUGACACCUUGGUCCGUAGAAUCUACGAACUGACGCCCGAAAUACCACUCAGCUCCACCACUACCGGUAGAUAA